CAGGGCUGUGGCUGUGGCGGCCUCUUCCUCGGUCUGAGGCAGGACCUUGCAUAGUGGCCGUGGCCGGAGCUGGGAGCCAGCGCCCACCUCGCCGCCGCCGCCUGCCCCUCUGUCUCGGGCUCUGCUCCGCGUAGUGCAGAGGCGGCGGGCUGGGAAGGGAGCGGCGCCAGCGUGAGAUUCCCAGCCGAUGGGCAGCCCUUGGGCGCGCUGAGGGGCCGGGCUACUAGCGGCUGAGACAAUGAUGCAUCCUGUUGCCAGCAGUAAUCCGGCUUUCUGUGGGCCUGGGAAGCCUUCCUGCCUCAGUGAAGAUGCCAUGAGAGCUGCUGAUCAGUUUGACAUAUAUUCCUCCCAGCAAAGCAAAUACAGCCACACAGUCAGCCACAAACCAAUGGCUUGUCAGAGGCAAGACCCAUUAAAUGAAACACACUUGCAGACUACAAGUGGCAGAAGCAUAGAGAUAAAAGAUGAACUAAAGAAAAAGAAAAAUCUCAACCGAUCUGGUAAGCGUGGCCGGCCUUCAGGAACGACCAAAUCAGCAGGAUACCGGACCAGCACAGGCAGACCCCUGGGAACCACCAAAGCGGCUGGAUUUAAGACAAGUCCAGGCAGACCUUUGGGUACAACUAAAGCUGCGGGAUACAAAGUCAGCCCAGGGAGACCUCCAGGAAAAAAGCAGCAAGCCUUCAGGUGUUCCAGUGAUGCCUGACACAAUGAGCUGGACUUUAUGCUGCUCUUUACAGUAAGAGGUGUUGCAUUGUAUGUGGGGACUGUGUUUGCACUGGCAUCUAAGACAGUGACCUCAACAAUUUUAGCUUUGCACAAACCAUAGAGAACAAUGUUGGAUGACUACGUAAUCAGUUGUAACAUUCUGGCAGCUAAAUUGCUACAAGAGUUUCUUCUUGCAGAAGCUUAAAAUAUAAAACUUCUAAUAAUGUACCCAGAACAGUAUAACUUCUGACACACACAAAUGCUUACAUCUUUAUUCAUAGUUCAUCUAUCCACUUUUAUUAUGUAUCUGUCAUUUAAGUGUUUCUCAAGAUGAGAUUUAGCAGUUGGCUGUUUAGAAAUCCUCUUUUGGUUUCCUGAAAACAGUUGUUUAGUUAAAUGUUCUACCGUAGAAUAAUAUAUACUAUUGUCAAGACUUGGUUGCAUUUUGUGUUUUCUAGUAUGUCCAUUUGACAUUUCCCUUUCAGUUUAUUUUCAUUCCUGAUUUUGUUAUACAGACCCUUCCCUCUUUCCCUGCCCUUUCCUACAUUCAUUCCCCUCCCCCUUUCCCCAUCCUCCAGCACACCUACUCAGUGGUGCUGUGCUGUGUGUCAGAAGAUAAAGCAGGUGUAUUAUUGUAUAAUGAAUUUUGUAUACAUGUUAAUGAAAUGGUGAAAUCAACUAAAGGAAGUAUAUUCAUAACAGUGUUUAUUAAUAUCAGGAGUUAUGUCCCAGGAAAAAAAAGGGGCAAGUGGCUGCAGUUGUGAAUGGAUAACAUCAUUAAGAAAGCUGAGUUUUCUGUUUAUGUGAACAGUUACCUUAAGUAUUAGAUAUGUAUACUGGUGAACAUCUCCUGAUUCCACUUCUUUUUCUCCUUGUGAACAGUUUAUUGGUGCCAUGCUGAAGAGAAAGACAUCUAAGUGAUAACAUGAAUGAAGUCUUAAAAUAUAAAAUAUUUUUACUUCUCUAUAAUCUAAAGACUACAUUGGGCCUCUUUUGUAACACUGUCUCUUGUCAUGAUGAACACUGAAAUAGCAUGUUAAACAAUUGCCUAUACUUUAAUAUAACCAGUUGGGGGAAACUGGCCUUUUCCUCCCACUGUAUGAUUGUUUCUUGAAAGGUAAAUUGCUAAUUUUAUAUUGUGUAAUUCUGUUCUUCACAAAAUAGGUUUCACUAUUCUAUAUUAAAACUGUUGGUCAGAAAAUGAUCUGCUAUUCAAGUAAGUUUGCUUUACUUUUUUUCUUUAAAAAAUAUUUUAACAUGCCUUAUUUAUUAUUCUUAUCAUUAUUAACAAAUAAGGAGCUAAUACAAAUGAAAUUUUCCUUUUUUGACAGAUAUAACCUUGCAUAACUAAUCUUUAGUAUGGGAUGAUUUUGAUACUAUCUUUGGAGUUUUGCACUGGAUAUUAAAAAAUUAUUGGUACAAUAUAUUGGGAAAAAAUAAGUAUCUGAUUAAUUUUUAAUAUUUGGGGACAUUUUUAAAAUCAGUGUUUCAAUUAGACUAAAAAAUUCUUUAUAUUUUUUAUUUACAUUUUAAAAGAAACAUCUAUUAAAGUAAUAUUCAUUCCAAAGUAAUAUUUGUGGAAUUUACGUGUAUAUUUUCAUGAAAUAAGAAUAGAGUCUCUUUGAGUUAAGGAGGAAAAAGAUUAUCUGGAUCCAUUUAUUAGGUUAAAUGUGAUCCAUCCAGUGUAAGAAAAACUAGUGUAUGAGCUAAAGGGAAAAAAAAAACCUUCUCCUUUAUGUUCUAAGAAGCUUUAAAAGAAUAAUUCAGGGGAUGUUGAUGAUAACUGCUACUCUGUCAGUCAUUGUCUCUAUAUGCAGUAAAAUUUUAUGAUCCCUUUAUGGUAAAAUAUAAGAAUUCACAACAAUUGUUGAAAACAUUUUUUUCCUUGGACAUAAAAUAUUUUGAUGCUAUUAUGUUUUUUGUUUUUAGUAUAGCUUACGAUAUGCUGUUAAACUCUAGGAUGUAUCUAAAUCUUUCCUUUGCUUUUUCCCCCUUCUCUCUCAAGUAGAAAAAUCUGUGCUCUCACAUACAAUGUAUUUAAUUUUUGGAAAAUUUAAUACUAUAGUAAAUCAAGUGUGUGACUUAUAGUAAUCAGACCACUUUGAUUCUUUAAGUUUCACAGUUUCCUUUUUCAACAGAUAAUUACAAAGAAAAUAAUUACCAAUUAACUGAUAUAAGCACGCUGUCCUCUGCUGUAAAAAGUCUGAAUAGAUACUGUGUAUGUUUUUAUGUCCAUGAACUUGAGCUACUCGUGUGCAAUUAUGUGUAUGGGAAUGGAGUAGUGUUCAUGAUUUGUAUCUACAUCAUCAUAUGGAUGUAUAUUUAUUAAUAAAGUCAUUACUUUAAAACCAA